ACCUUUUCAAACAAAUUUCGUAUUGGGUAACCAAAAACAAUAGACAAAAUUUAACAUUUUACCAAAAAAAAAAAAACAAUAGACAAUAUAUAAAACAUCAUAUAUCUGUUCAGUAUCCAAAUAUCCCUCUGAGUCUCUUACAGAAACAUCAGUCCCAACGAAUCAUUUAGAAAAAAAAACCGUCUUUGAGAAAAAUAAUCCAAAACAAUGUACUCUUCAUCGUCUGUAUCAAAACGCCUCCUUUUGAUCCAUGUCUUGGCCAUACAACUUCUCCUUAUAAGCAGUGAAUUGUCUUUAAACACGACCAAUGCGUAUCUCAACCACAAAUGCUUGGUUAGUCAAGGAAAAUACAAGCCGGGAAGCGAUUACGAGAAACUUUUUAGAAAAAUAAUAAAAAUGUUCUAUAAAGCCAGCAUCGAGAAACAAGGUUACGAUCUGCUCGGCUCUGAUACAUUAUCCGCUAUCCUUCAGUGCCGUGGCGACUCCUAUGGCCCCAAGUGCCGCGACUGCUUUGUCACCUCCCUCGCUGUGCUUCGUAGGAAAUGUCCGUGGUCCAAGGGGAGAAUAAUAUGGUAUGAUGAAUGUCUUCUCGCGAUUUCGGCCACCUAUGCUACUGGAAAGAUCGAUUUCGACAAUAUCUUUUGUAUGUCCAACGCGAAGAAGUUGGGAGAUAAGCUCGGGUUUGGAGAUGUUUGGAAUACUCUCAUGGACAAUAAGACGACUUUAGCCACCAGUAAUGUUCAUUACACUGAGCCAACAGCAUUGUUCUAUGUGGGAGAGACGCGGUUCAAGGGUGAUACACUGUAUGGAAUGGUAUAGUGUACAAGAGACUUAUCCCCACACGCUUGGCAGGAGUGUAUAGUGUUUAAGAUUACUAGAAUGAUAACCAGGAGCGAGAUUUGUAGGUAGGAGGCUAGGAGCUGUACUUUUAGGUUUGAGUUUUAUCCUUUUAUUACCAAGCCGGUCCAAAAUAUUUAAAGAGCUAAAUAAAUAUUAACCUAUUUGGUUUGAAUGUUUUCAGUCAAAAGUUUAUGUAACAUCAAGUGAUACUUUUUAAUGAAUGUUUACAGAAUAAAACAACAAAAUAAUAACUGAACUAGGAUAAGACUUGCGCCUUGUGCAAGAUAAAUUUAUAUAAAAUUUAUUAAAAAAUAAUAUACGGAAAAAUAAAUUUAUAUUCUUGAUUGAAUUAAUAUUUUGGUCUUUAAACAAUUUUUUUAAUUUUUUGUUAAUUACAUAAUUUGUUUACUGAUGAGCCGAUCCAAUUUUUAAUAACAUUUUAGGUAAAAAAAUCACUUACCGCCUACCGCAUAAGAACCUAACGUUUAGGUCGAAAAAUCUCGGGUCUAUUUGAUUACAAUGAAACUAUGUCAGCUCGGUUUUAUAUCAUGAUUUAGAAUUUAAAAAUUAAUUAUGGUUAUGAGAAGUUUACGUUCAUGUGCCAAUCCUAUAUAUCUUUAAUAUUUUUCUCUUUUUUAUUUUGGUUAUUGUUCGAUAUAAAUAUUAAUUUUGAAGUUUAUUCUCAUUUCGUUUGUUUGUUUUGACCUGAAAUUUAGAAAAUGCUUAUGUUUUAAAAUAAUUAAAGAUGUACAUACUUCGGUUAAGAUCUGCACCUUUUGCAGAAUAAAUAUUUUAUAUUUAUUAUUUUUAAUGUUUUUCUGCAUAUUAUGAAAUAAUAACAUAAUAGGUAUAUAUAUUAAAUAACUAAGAAAUCAGUUACUAUUAUGUAAUAAAUUAGCAUGUGCAUAUAAAUCAAACUAUAACUCUUGUUUAUUCGCAAUCAUUUUAGGGUAAAUAAAUAAAAAAUCAAUCUUAUCUAUCGUAUAUGAUAUAUAAUUAAAUUUAAAUGAUAUUAAUAAAUAUAUAUAGUACACUUUUAAUAUGGAUAUUUAUUAAAUAAAGUUUCUACUCAUAUGAUUUUCUGAUUUUUUGCAUAUUUAUGUAACAAAAGUUUACACCAACAACUUUUUUUUAAUGUGGGAUAAUUUCAAUAAUUUAUAAUCAUUUAAAAACAAUGAAGAUUUCAAAAUUAAAAUUUUAACUUUUCAAUAUAUGUUCAAUGCAAAUAUCAAAAUAUAAGUAUACAUUUUCAGACGAUGUAUAGUUUAAUUUAAACGAUAUGAUAUAUAUAUAUAUAUGUAUAUAUAUAUAUUAACAUAAAAACCUAUUAAAAUAAAAUUAUUUCUUCAUAUGGUCUUAUAGUCAUUGUAUCUUAAUAUAGAAAAAUUUGAACAUUGAUCGUAAAAGUUUAUGUGAGACUUUUAAUAAUUUUAGUAAUUUAUACUCGUUUUAAAAAAUUUAAACCUUGUAUUUCAAAAUACAACAUA